GUCUUUUGANGGGUCCAGAAAAGUUUCACAGAAACUUGAAGAUGGUGCCUGCUGAAUACGGUGCCAGCUCUGAUGUCGAAGAAACUUUGGAUUUGGACAAACCAGACAAGGAGACCAGAAUGUAG